GGUCACACCGAACUUGCUCUUUUCUUUUAUAAACAAAAAAAAAAACGUAUUCAACUGAAAUUUUGAGGGUGCCGGUUACUCCCAGGAUAUGAGUCACCUGCCAGUCAAUCCUUUAAACAAAUUGCGCAAACAUGUCCGAUUCUAAGAGCCCCAACUCCUGCGUGGAAACACCCACAGCACCUGAAUGGCUGUCGAAGUUGGAAAACAGUCGGUCGGAAAAUGUCCUGAAGCGAUCAAAGCUGGGCCAUGAGAGUGGGGCGGGAGCACCCUGCAGCGAGUGCAAGGACAAGUGCCCGGGACUGGAUCUCCACUUCUGGCGCAAGGUCUGUCGCAACUGCAAGUGCCGAAAGAAUCAACACAUUUGCAUGGAUGAUGACGCCACCGGCUGGGCACAAUUCGAGAUUCUCGGCCAGAUAAGGGCCAAGCCAGCAUAUAUUAAAAUCAAGGCCCUUGCCAGCCAGCCGGUUCAACUGGAAUGGGUGCCACCGAAUGCGGCUCCCGACGUGGUCACGGAUUACAUGGAGAAACUGGGUCCUGCCCAGAUACCCGUGGCUGGUAGCGAUGCGGCCCACAGGCGAAAGCAGCAAUUGGAGUUCCAGGUACCUCCACACGACCUGGAUGCAGCUCUGUGCGAUGGUUUGUCCGAAACAGAAGCCCGACAGCUGCAGCAGUAUGUGCAGAAGCUUCGCGAGCAGUGCGUGGGCCAGGGAAUAGUUGUGCGCGUUGGCAACCGCUUGACACAUGGCCAUGUUGAGCAUGUGGCACCCCCAAUCCACUCGGAAGCGGCCAACAAGGCCUGGCAAUAUCUGGGCCUCUCGCCCGUGGCUGAUGCCACACUCACAGAGCUGCUGUCCAAUCCGAAGGUUAGCGAUGCCCUGUCCAGCCAGGUGAAUGCCCAGCCCAAGCUGCUAGUGGCCUUCUCGGAGCCCUUGACCGACUCGAUAACACAGUUUGAUGAAAACGGUGCCCUCCAGGCACAGACCAAGGAAAAGCUGCUGGGAAUCAGCAAGACAGCGCUGCAAAGUCUCGUUACCCAUGGCGUCAUCUAUGACAAAGUGCUGGGCAUGCUUCAGGAGAAGAACCUGAACAUUUCAAGGGAUCCCCAGCUGGGGCCCAUCGCCGAGUUCCGCAAGGAGUACGUGAAUAAUCCACAAUUCAGGGCAGAGAUCAACACCAUCUGUCCGCAGCCCAUGACGGCGGUAACGCCACUAAAAUCCUCGCCAGCUACUCCCUUCAACUCUCCGCUGCCGCUCAAGAAUCCGGUGCAGGCCAGGUUCGGGGCCCAAAUGCGACAGGACACGCCCAUGCGACGUGUCAAGUUCGGCGGAGUCUCCACCAUUGUCUACGACUGCGGUCUGCCGGCCAACAUUGACUAUGAGCGCGAUCCGGUCUUUGCCCAGAUCAUACAAGCGGAGCCGCUGAAACAUGCACUGCUAGAGGUGCGUGCCGGACGCCCUCCUCCGCCCGUAAUCAUUGCCAGCUCGCCAGCUGCCGUGGAGAGCCUCAGCCAGCUGAACGGGCUGUCGCCCACAACCAAGGGGCAGCUGCAGGAAGUCGGAGUGGACAGGCAUAUGCUCCAAUCGGCUGUGGCCAAUGCUCCGUACUACGAUCGUCUCUUCCGCACCCUCCAGGACAAAGGAAUCGAACACGACAAGUGCCAGCUACUGCAGCCCAUCAAGCAGGUGCACGACUGGCUGCUGAACGACGAGCAGCUCCUCGAGGAUAUUGACAAGGUGUUCGCUGACAUGGCCAAUGCCAGUCGAGACAUUGCCUAUGCAAAGCCGUACGGAGAUUUGCCCACUUCCCAGAGCAACGAUUCCGGCUUCCAUUCGAAGCCGUCGACCCCAGGCUAUGGCAGCGAAGACCUUACCCCCGGCCUGGGCAAAUUCACCACCAUUCCAGGCAUCGAGGACAUGAACAUGUAUCCCAAUUGUGCGGGCAUGCCGGAGCAGUUCCAGCAGUUGCGCCUGCAGGGCAACGAGCCAUCAGCCAGAGAGCCCGUGCCCAGCAUAAACUGCGGCGAUUGCAAUCAGCCCAUUGGCUGCGGCGAGGUGGCCGUCAAGGCGGAGCGCGCUGGCAAGGAGAUUGCCUGGCAUCCCGGCUGCUUUAAGUGCCACACUUGUCGCGAGCUUCUGGCCGACUUGGUGUACUUCUUCCACCAGGGACAGGUGUAUUGUGGCCGCGACCUGGCCAUCAAACUGAAGAUACCACGCUGCAAGGCCUGCGACGAGCUGAUCUUCACCAAGGAGUACACUGCUGCCGAGGGCGCCACGUACCACAUAAAGCACUUUUGCUGCUAUCAGUGCGAUGAGCCGCUAGCCGGUCAGCAGUACAUUCCGGACGAGAAGUCCAACAUGCCGCUCUGCCUGCAGUGCUACGACAAGUUCUUCGCCGUCAAUUGUAGACAAUGCCAGCAGCCCAUCGGUCCGGCGGACCAAGGUGUGGCGUGGGGCGACAUCCACUGGCACGGCCAGUGCUUUGUCUGCGCUGGUGUCCAGUGCUCAAAGUCGCUGAUCGGCGGCCGCUUCUGUGUCAAGCAGGACUUGCCCUUUUGCAGUCCGACCUGUGUACGCAGCCGCAUUCCAUGAACCCCGAACGAAACCACUUAACAGUAUUUAAAUGUGAAAGCACAAAGUAUAAUGUAACCCCAAAAUGAAUAUCUAACUGAUUGCAACAGACUCAAAGUGCCUAGAAUAGAUUUCAAUGCAACGAUAUUUACAACUCCAAACACUUUUGCCGUGCCAAUA